AGGAUCUUUUUUCUUCUUCUUAUGCCUAUUCGACUUUUUGCACAUAAACCUUGAAGUAGUCCAGCCGCAACGGCAAUUCACUAGUUUUGAUUCUACUCGUUGCAAAGGCAAGUGUAGAGAGUAUUUUUAGUUUUGAACUAUGUUCAUAUCAAACUUCUAAAUCGAAUCGACAACUAGUUUACUAAUUGUUGUUUAGUAUGAUACAAUGAAAUUGACUUACUUGAGAAUGUAGAUAACGAAUGUACUUUCCGUUUCUCUUGGAAUAUGAAAACAAUGAUUUUGUUAGUCGAUUAUGUUUUAGUUUAAUUAUUUGAAUAUUAUUAAUUUUGAUGAUAUUUAUUAAACAUUUAUAUAUUUAUAAGAGGACAUGGGUAGUUUUAAAUUUUGCCUUAGCCGCCACUGAUACAUACAUAUUCAACUUUUAUUAUUAGUGUCUAUUAAUUUGAACAUGAAUUCAAUUUACUAUACAAACCCUAUAUUCGUAUGCAUAUCAAUAUAACUGAAAUACUUUAGUAUAAAAUAAUAUCACAUUAUUCACUGGAUACCAGCAGCAAUGCACAAGUGAGAUAGAAAGUUACCCCCGGAACAGGAAAAGGCACGACUUUCACUAUUUACGACUUACUUACUUACUGGAUUCUGUUAACGCGUGCUUAACACUCACCCGCUGGUUCGCUCCGUCCCUCGCCUUUACUCUUUUAAUCAUGUAAUUAAUUAACAAAAUUCUCUUGUUCUCGCUUCCCGUCAAAAAAGCUCCUUAGAUUUACUGCUACAUAUUCCUCUUUUUCAGUUUUCCUCCUCUUCUUUUUCCUAUGUCAGGCAAGGCAACUAGGCAAGGCAAGGCUGCUUCUUUCUCCUUUUUUUUUCUUGCUUUCCCUCCCUAGUUAUUGCUGCUGCUUUCCUGUAAAACCUUUUUUAGUAUUAUUAUUUACUGCUGUGGGGGAGAGGGGCCACGCAAGGGGAUGAGCCUUGACACUUGUGAAAUGUGAACUGUACUGCUGCAUAGCUGUACUCUCCUUCUUCUGUAGCUGUAGCCUUUCCCAGCCUUUAUUACUAUUGUUUCAGUAUAUAUAACUGCUUCGGUUGGCAGUAGAGAGAGUCUGAAACCUUGUGAAAAAAGCUUUUGCUUUGUGGUGUCCUCCCCCCCAGACCAGCAAAGCCAGCAGCAACAGUAGUAGUAGAAGAAGAAGCAUCAAUGAGUCUUGUUUCUUCUUCUCCUCUACAUUAGUAGUCAUUUCUUCGUUCUUCUGCUUCCUGCUCUUGCUUUCUCACUUGGGUUCCAGCAGUGGGUUGAGGGGCAAAAAGGAGGGAGGGAAAAAGAAAAGAAAAGGGGGCAAAUUUGAGGAAUGGGAACUCGCUCAUUUGCGAAGCUAUUCUUAUGGUUGCUGCUGUGCUUGUUUGGGUUGCUGGGUUCUCAGCUGAUCCAAGCAACUGUUACUUAUGAUAGGAAGGCAAUUGUGAUUAAUGGGCAAAGGAGAAUCCUUUUCUCUGGCUCCAUUCACUACCCGAGAAGCACCCCUGAUAUGUGGGAAGAUCUGAUACAGAAGGCUAAAGAUGGUGGGGUGGAUGUGAUUGAGACCUAUGUCUUCUGGAAUGUCCAUGAACCCAGUCCUGGAAAUUACAAUUUUGAAGGCAGAAAUGAUCUGGUGAGGUUCAUCAAGACCAUCCAUAAAGCAGGGCUCUAUGCUCAUCUUCGCAUUGGACCAUACGUCUGUGCUGAAUGGAAUUUCGGAGGGUUUCCGGUUUGGUUGAAGUAUGUCCCUGGAAUCAGCUUCAGAACAGAUAAUGAGCCUUUCAAGAAAGCAAUGCAAGGGUUCACUGAGAAGAUUGUGGGAUUGAUGAAGAGUGAAAACUUGUUCGAGUCCCAAGGUGGCCCUAUCAUUCUUUCUCAGAUUGAAAAUGAGUAUGGAGUACAAAGCAAGCUGUUUGGUUCUGCUGGAUAUAACUACAUGAGUUGGGCUGCAGACAUGGCUGUGAAGUUAGGAACAGGAGUCCCAUGGGUAAUGUGCAAGGAAGAAGAUGCUCCGGACCCAAUUAUAAACACAUGCAACGGGUUUUACUGUGAUCAAUUUGCUCCCAACAAACCAUAUAAGCCUACAAUGUGGACCGAAGCUUGGAGUGGAUGGUUCUCAGAGUUUGGGGGCCCUCUUCACCAGCGUCCAGUUCAAGAUUUGGCAUUUGCUGUUGCCCGGUUUAUUCAAAAGGGGGGAUCAUUUGUCAACUACUAUAUGUACCACGGAGGGACCAAUUUCGGCCGGAGUGCUGGAGGCCCGUUUAUCACUACCAGCUAUGACUAUGAUGCUCCCUUGGAUGAAUAUGGCUUGAUAAGGCAGCCAAAGUACGGUCAUCUUAAGGAGCUCCAUAGGUCGAUUAAGAUGUGCGAGCGUGCUCUGGUUUCAGUUGAUCCUAUGGUAACUCAGUUAGGAGCAUUCCAACAGGCUCAUGUGUACUCAACCGAACAUGGAGAUUGUGCAGCUUUUCUUGCCAACUAUGAUACAAAGUCUGCUACAAGAGUGUUGUUCAACAAUAUGCAUUAUAACUUGCCUCCUUGGUCUAUUAGUAUUCUUCCAGACUGCAGAAAUGUGGUGUUUAACACCGCUAAGGUUGGAGUUCAAACAUCUCAAAUGGAAAUGCUGCCAACAAACACUGAAAUGCUUUCAUGGGAAAGUUACGACGAGGAUGUUUCGUCUCUAUACGAUGGCUCAACAUUCACUGCUUCUGGCCUCCUUGAGCAGAUAAAUGUCACAAGGGACGCAAGUGACUACUUGUGGUACAUCACUAAUGUCGACAUUGGUUCAUCUGAAGCCUUCCUGCGCGGAGGGGAACUGCCUACCCUAAUUGUUCGAUCGAGUGGCCAUGCUGUUCAUGUUUUCAUCAACGGGCAGCUAUCAGGUUCUGCAUUCGGAACUAGGGAGAACCGGAAGUUUACAUACACCGGGAAGGUCAAUCUAAGAGCUGGGAAGAACAAAAUUGCAUUGCUGAGUGUUGCUGUUGGAUUACCAAAUGUGGGUGGACACUAUGAGACAUGGAACACAGGAAUCCUAGGUCCAGUUGCUCUUCAUGGGCUUGACCAGGGUAAAUGGGACUUGUCCUGGCAAACAUGGACCUACCAGGUUGGACUCAAAGGAGAAGCCAUGAAUCUCCUCUCUCCAACUAGUGUCUCCUCUGUUGAUUGGAUGCAAUCAUCUUUGGUUGUUCAGAAACAGCAACCUUUGACAUGGCAUAAGGCCUAUUUCAACUCACCUGAUGGGGACGAGCCAUUGGCACUGGACAUGGAAGGUAUGGGGAAAGGUCAAAUAUGGAUCAAUGGCCAGAGCAUAGGAAGAUACUGGACUGCGUAUGCAAAUGGUCAAUGCAACGGUUGCAGUUAUGCGGGUUCAUUCCGCCCUCCAAAGUGUCAACUUGGUUGUGGCAAGCCAACUCAACGAUGGUAUCAUGUGCCUAGAUCAUGGUUGAAACCAACCCAAAACCUACUGGUAGUUUUUGAGGAACUUGGAGGGGACCCUUCAAGGAUUUCACUUGUUAAGAGAUCGGUGGCUACUGUAUGUGCCGAGGUAGCGGAGUUUCAUCCGACUCUCAAGAACUGGCAUAUCGAAAGCUAUGGAAGAGCGGAAGAGUUCCACAGCCCGAAAGUUCAUCUUCGGUGUAACCAAGGCCAGACCAUUUCGUCCAUUAAAUUUGCGAGCUUUGGUACUCCGUUGGGAACCUGUGGAACUUAUCAGCAAGGAACUUGUCAUGCUCCCACAUCAUACGACAUCAUCGAGAGGAAGUGCAAAGGGAAACAGAGAUGUGCAGUGACAAUAUCCAACAGCAACUUUGGGCAGGACCCAUGCCCCAAUGUGUUGAAAAGGUUGUCAGUUGAAGCAGUUUGUGCUCCAACUGGUUUGAGGGUUUAGCUCUCCGAUUGUCAAGACUUUGUAACUUACACGCGAGCAAGGUAAUUUAACUUCACACCUGGAAGAAACAAGAUAGAAAAUGAUGAGAAAACCAAAGUCGCACACAGUACUACGUACAGGUAAGGAGGAAAGUGAAGGUUCUUCAGUUAGGUUUAGCUAAGAUUUGUAGUAUGGUUUCCUGCACCCAGUUGUGAGAAGCUGCAGAAAAUGGUGGUUAGGCUGCCAUUGAACUGUUCUUGGUUGUUAAAUUAUGGUCCAAUUAGUGACAAAGAGUCCUGCUGUAAGUAGUGAUUUGUUGGUUAGAAAGUCAGUGAGUUCCCAGGUACUCUGCAAUUUGGGGUGCCUUUGGUGAACUUCAAAAGUAAGACUGGUGCUCCCUCCGCCUUUUUAAAGUGGGAGUGGGGCACUGGGCAAUUAGAAGGUGUGAGUAAUGUAAUUUGUAUGGUUGAGGGAAGAAAAUUGAAACCUCUGUUCUACCAAGUUUGUUCAUACGGGGAAAAGGAUCCUGGGUAUGAUCAUUCUUUGGUGUGUGUAGUUGAUUUUCGUGAUUACAUAAUGUAUCAUCAUCAAAAUGUGUUCAGUCAUGUCACUAGCUGUUAUUCUGAGACUUCCUAAUCCAAAUGGAUGGUUGAAGGUUAAUGUUCCGAUUUGUGUAGCUCAGUUUAGUUUCGAUAUAUGAAAGGUCAUUAUUCAUGUAAUUGAUAUCAUAUAACCUUACAUUAAAAUAACAGUUUGUACUUGAAUAACGAAUCCAACAUAUAAUGAAAAUUCAACACACUCAUAUAAUAUUGAUCUUCAAAAGUUCAAUUUAGAAUUUCAAUGAUAAGGUUAGACUAAGGUGAGAAGUUGGAGAGACCAGCAUUUGCAAACUAAAGAGAAAAAUGACGUCGUGUGACCUUCAUUCCUGGAACCUUGUUGUGAGUCGACUUGUGGGUGUGGCGUCGUUUUUCUCAUUGGAUCCAGGUUAAUCUAGGUCAACCUGUGGUUAUCUUGUGAGUCGACUUGUGGGUGUGGCGUCGUUUUUCUCAUUGGAUCCAGGUUAAUCUAGGUCAACCUGUGGAUCGAUAACCUAGAAGUGGAUAAAAUACAAAAUUCAUAUAUAAAACUGUCUAUCAAGAUGUAAUCUAAUGACUCAAAAUUCAUUAAGACAAGUAGCAAUGGACUAGUAAUUCUGCACCCCUCUAUCCUUUUUUUUCCGGACAUGAAAUUCAUAGGAGAAAGGGGAUACUUUUGAUCAAUCAAAUACUACCUUUUUCGAAUAAUCAUAACUCAUUAUCUAAUCAUAUAUCUCAUUAUAUAACCAUAUAUCUUUAUCUAAUUAUAUCCCAUUCGUUGUAACUAUAAAUUAAUUUUUUUUUUCAUAGAAAUAAUUUAUUAAUUAAGAUAUACACAAUGAUACCUAUUUUAUUAUAUUUUGAGCAAAACAAAAACGAACUCUUCAAAAUACAUGUUCGUUUUAGUACUAUCACUAUUAUAUCAUUAUGAUAUUAAGUGGUAUGAUGGUAUAUCUCUCUUGUUUUAACUUUUAGAAAGAAUUCAUUAAUAAUGAUCCAGACAGUGAUAUUCAUUUUGUUAUAUUUUAAGCAAAAUAAUCAUUAGGGCUAAUACCAUUGGGAAACCCGAACUAUUAACUUUGUGCCAUUUGUGUCCUAAAGUAUUCGAUAUGACAAUUGUGUCACAACGUAUGAUAGUUGUAUGUCAUUUAUGUCCUGACGAUUUCGUUGACCGUUAUAGAUAACGGUUGACCAAAUAGAAGUCAACAUUAACAUUGACUUUUGUUGACGUAGCAGCCACGUGGAUGCCACGUCAAUGACACCUCAUAUUUUCAAUUAAAAAUUAAAUAAAAA